AUGGCUCGCCGCGAUCCCCUUCCACUCGCAGACGAGUGGAAGGACCCAGAUACAUAUAUCGAUGCCCUCCUGUCCUUCGCGACCUCGUCCGUCCAGUUCAUGAACCUGUGCGGCGGCGUGCACAUCCUCGACUUUCUGACGCGCGAACCCGAUCUAUACACUACCCUCUUGCCCGAAGACUGGCGCACAUUCUUUGAAGCUCAUGGCAUUCACGACAUUCUCCAUUUACUCCUGCGAGAAGACAUUGAGCCGUUGCGCAAGCAACCCAGUGUCAAUCCCACAUGGAACGGAGGCGCGUUCCCUCCCCAGACACUUCUGGACUACAUACAUGACAUUCGCCGACUGAGUCUUCGGCGGGAGUUUACAACUCCAGCACAGAGUAGCCCACUGCCUCGACAUCUUGAGGUGGGAAUGAAAAAGAAGAAAAUACACGAGGUCGAGAACUUCUCACGCUAUGUCGGGUCUCUGUCCGAUACCGUGGAAGAGCAUCGUGGCGAACCGGUGUCACAUAUUGUUGACUUUGGAUCCGGGCAGAACUAUCUCGGGCGGACACUGGCCAGCGCGCCGUACCAUAAACAUAUUAUCGCCAUUGAACGACGACACCAAUAUAUCAGCGGGGCCAAAGGCAUGGAUGUUCACGCCAAACUGGCGGCCAAGAAGAAAAUCAUCUACGUGAAUACCCGCAAGACGUCCUGCAAUGACUGCAAUGGUUCACCUGAGGUGUCUUCAGAAGAGAAAGUAAAUGUCUCGAAGCCAGAAGACGCGGACCCACAGAAACCAGCCGAGGAGAGAGACACUGCUGGAGAUGAGGACAUCACUAUGUUCAAAAUGCUGGGGGAGAUCAGCUUGGAACCGGAUGAGCUGCUGGGCAGUAUCAGGAAGAACAAACCAAAAAAGAAAGUUGAGAAGCCAAAGAGGGCCGAUGCCCGAGGCCACCUCAGUUAUAUCGAACACGAGAUUCAGGAUGGAUAUUUGCAACCGAUCAUCCAACAUGUUGUCGAUCCUUCACCAGUGGUGGCCGAGAAUGGAACAAGCGAUGAAAUUACAGUGCAGGUCGACGAAAAGAGACAAAGCAACGCCCGAGUCAUGGUUGUAUCUUUACAUUCAUGCGGCAAUCUCGUCCACCAUGGUGUACGAUCUCUGGUGAUGAACCCAUCUGUCGUAGCCAUUGCCAUGAUCGGCUGCUGCUACAAUCUGCUGACUGAACGACUCGGCCCGGCUACCUACAAGCUUCCUAUCCUGCGAUCCCUUCAUCCGCGGCUUAAAGAAACAGGGACCUCUUACGACCCGCACGGAUUUCCUAUCUCCAAAUUGUACGAGGACUAUGAGCACAGCGGCGGUAAGGGCAUGAAACUCAACAUUACGGCGCGUGCUCUGGCCGUCCAAGCGCCCUACAAUUGGGGCCAUGACGACAGCGAGGGAUUCUUCACGCGCAACUUUUACCGAGCCCUCCUGCAGCGUAUCCUGGUCGACCGCAACGUUGUGCCGAAGCCCGGCAACCCGACAGACCUAUACGGAGAUCAGCCAGGGCGGGGCGAGGCCGGCACCACAGCGUUGAUCGUCGGAUCUCUGCGCAAGGCCGCCUUUGAAUCCUUCACCACGUACGUGCGUGCGGCAGUCGCUAGACUGAGCCGCGACGAAAUCCACGGUGCCAAGGUACAGGAACAGCUGGGCAGCAUGUCCGAUGAAGAUAUUCACCGCUACGAGACCGAGUACUCUCGUACGAGAAAGAAUCUCAGCGUGGUGUGGAGUCUGCUGGCGUUUAGCGCGCAGGUUGUCGAGGCGAUUAUCGUCGUGGACCGCUGGCAGUUCUUGCGGGAGCAUGACGAGGUCAAGGAGUGUUGGGUUGAGCCGGUGUUUGAUUAUGGGUAUAGUCCUCGGAACUUGGCUGUUGUUGGGAUCAAGAAGUGA